AUGGUGCGUCCCAGGCGCUUGAGCGGCGCCAGUGAGGAGAGCGCGGGGACAGCCAGAGACCAGGAAUUAGGAAGCAUGUAUGACUAUCUUGCUAAGAUCAUAUUGCUGGGACCCAGUGGGAGCGGAAAAUCCUGCCUCCUCCAUCGAUUUGUCAAGAACGAAUGGCGAGUCGUAAGCUCGCAGACCAUCGGCGUCGAGUUCGCAAGUAAGAUAAUCAAAGUCGGGACGGGAAACAGGAGGAAAAGGAUAAAACUCCAACUAUGGGAUACAGCAGGCACAGAACGCUUCCGCUCUGUCUCCCGCUCCUACUACCGCGGUGCCGCUGGCGCAAUCCUCGCCUACGACCUCACCUCCCACAGCACCUUCACCUCCCUCCCCUCCUUCAUGAACGACGCGCGCGCCCUCGCAAGUCCAAACCUAACAUGCAUCCUCGUCGGCAAUAAACUCGACAUCGCUGAAAAUGCAAACCUGAUAGACGUUUCCGCUACCACACCUUCAAGUGUUAGCAGCAGGGGCUCCAGUUUCCCCCUUUCCGCUGGCGCGGGAUCAGUAAACUCAAGUACGGGAUUGGGAUUAGGGACACAACUGCGCGCUACUUCAGCGCCGGACGGGAGGGAAGUCAGUGCGGAAGAGGCGUCUAAAUGGGCGAGUUCGAAUAACGUGCCUGUUUCUGUGGAAGUUUCUGCGUUAAGUGGAGAUAAUGUGGAUGAGGUGUUUGGACGGCUAGCAAGGAUGAUUUUGACCAAGAUCGAGCUGGGCGAGAUUGAUCCUGAUGAUCCGAUGAGCGGCAUUCAGUAUGGGGAUGGAGGGUGGGGAGGCGAAGAUGGGGCGAGUGUGAAAAGCGGCAUGACGGUUGAUGAACGGGGUCCUAGGAGGAGAAAGGGGAAGAAGGGGUGGGGGUUUGGCGGAGGAGGCGUGAGGGAGUGGGAAGAGGUGUUUACAUUGAGUGGCGGGACAAGAAGGAGGAGAGGUGGAUGUUGUUGA